ACAUCUAAAUGCAUUGUGCAGUUCUCUAUAGGCGUACAACUCCUGCUUUACCGAUUAGGUCGCCAUGACUCGCGUAGGGUGUGUUGCCGUCGCUCUUGUCCUGUCCAUGUUCGCUUUUUAUCAAGUGAACUGUGAUGACAUUGACGACGACGAAACUACCUGUGAUGUACUACGCGACAUCGCCAGGGAUAUCGACUCGGCCAACUGCACAACUAACGGAAACACAACUAACGGAAACACAGAUUGCGACACCCUCCGAUGCAUGAGCACUACGCCCCUCGCCACUACCGAGUACAACGUUACUGUCCUCCCGUGCAAUAAGCCACCAGGAAUUAGAGUCACCCUGGUAGUUAAUGGUAAUAGGGAGCUUGACGGGAGAAUUUUCACGGAGAGCGAGGAUGUGAACGUAGCUGGAGGGGCUGCAACAGUAAAAGUCACCCUGGAUCAGUUGGAGGACGAACACUCCAUCGGAGUAGCGUUGCGUUCUGUGGCCCCAACAUUCGGGAUUGACACCACCUUUCUGAACUACACCAGAAUUCCAGUGGAAUGUGAAGGUAAGCUAUUAGCACACUGAUUAUCAUAGUUGGCAUUACACAUAGUCUUUGCAUGAGAGCUGCGUACAUGUAUGGCAUGCAUGGACAGCCUUUUGACCUUGAGGGUCCUAUCAAUGUUCCAUGGCCUCCCUAACGUAACAGAGGUAUGCUAGUUAACAUUUCUCAGGUGUAGUUAAGAUUUCUCUGAUGUCAGGGUAGUUAUACACCAUGACCAACCACCCAGAAAGCACACCAAGUAUGUUAGCUAGCUAUUAUUACAGGUGGUGGUGCGACAGGAGUGAGGGGACAAGUGUUGCUGAUUGUCCUACUCUCCGCCAUAAUGGCCAUUUGGCAGCUUCUCUGAAGAAGAGUGUAAAUAAAUGACACAGAAAACUCUCGUGAACAUUAUUUUAGGAUUAGUCUGUAUUGUCUUUGGCUAUAGCUACACUGUAGUAUAUAUAAUGUUUUUGAGCAACUUUGGGGUCUACAAAAACAGAGUAGGGAAGAGAAAAAGUGGGGUGAUAGAAAU